UGUUUCUCUCAGUCCUUUAUAUGGAGUCCACUAGAAAGCUAUUGUACGAGCAUUGAUCAUUCACGGAAGAGAAAAUCUAUUAGUCGGGAGUGUCGAAAAAUACUAGUGAAAACGAAAAGCGAAUCGUCAUCCGUAUAACUUUUCAACAUUGCAAGCAUCUGGAUCGUUUUGACUAGAUCAUUCGAUUUGUUUUACGCUCUGUGGCACUGUUUUUGCGUAUUCGCAUAUAAUAUAUACAAUGGCCACGUCAUUCACCAAUUUUAGCUACGAGCGAUUUAUGCGGAACAUGGGCCAGAAUAUCGAGCCCAGUCUCCGAUAUCAUUUGAGCAAGGUCUAUGCCUGUCUGUCGGCAACAUGUGUAGCGGCUGCGGUUGGUUCUGCUAUCCAUAUCCAAGGAAUUUGGCAUGCAAAUCUGCUCAGUGCACUUAUUGCGAUGGGAUUGGUCCUAGGACUGGUCUUCACCCCAGAUAAUGGCAAAAACUUCAACAUGCGUCUCGGAAUGUUACUCGGCUUCGGUACCUUUACUGGUCACGCGCUCGGGCUGCUAUUAGAACAGGUGCUGAUUAUCAACCCGGCAAUAGUCGUGACUGCUCUGAUUGGAACCGCUACCAUUUUCACCUGUUUGAGCGCCGCUUCCGUUCUGGCGAAGCGUGGAAGCUACCUAUUCCUGGGCGGAAUCCUGAUGAGCACUUUGACCGCAAUGGCCCUGAUCAACAUUGGAAAUUUAAUGUUCCGAUCCUAUUUCAUCCACGAUCUGAACCUGUACGUUGGAUUGGCGGUGAUGGCCGGUUUUGUUCUGUUCGAUACCCAGAUGAUCAUGGAGAAGCAUCGCAUGGGAAGCAACGACUGUAUUAGCCACUCUUUGGAUCUAUUUUACGAUGUCAUCGGCAUCUUCCGACGUCUGUUGGUUCUACUCAGCCAGAAGGAGCAAAAUAACCAGCGCAAGAAGCGGAAUGACUAAAUCUAGGUAAUCCGGUUUCGGAAAAUCCUUUAUACCACGUAAAAUUGCUGCAUAGAAAUUAUUGUGUGACAUAUACUUGGUUGCGGUUAGUGUUUAUACACAUUGAUGAUCAUGUAUAAUUGUUAACGUUGGGGUGAUAAUCACCAGUAAUCGAUGAUGUUUGGUUAAUAUAAUGUUUCCGUCUAGUCCCUAUAUGUCAUCACAUUCACACAAAAAAGAAAACAAACAAGCACGGACGCAUUACUAAUUCACUCAUGAAUUCCAAAAUUUGAAUAUCGCGGGAGGCCGAACUCGCUCAUUUUACUGUGUACUGUAACAUGAAUUCUAUUUAGAUAUAAGCAGUAUAUUUCGGAGUUAUUGAUAUUUGGCAGAAGAGGUUGAAUUGUUUCGAUGGUUCUAUGAGCGAAAUAAACAUUUGUGGGAUAAA